UCGCUGUUGAGCUGCGCGCUGCGUUGACUGCACACACUGCACAGACAGCAGAAGUCAACCAAAGAAUUUCUGCUAAAGCUGUUUCGGUCGCCAUUUUUGUCACCAACAUAAACAACACCAGUGAGACGCGUUGGCAUUUGGAUGUACCGCUGUUUGGAAGAAAGUGACCAUAGUCUCCCCGCAGCAGCGCUGACAUUUUCAACCGAUGAUGACAGCUGAUUUGGUCCCUUGAGCCAGUCGGAGAUGGUGCUCCAGGGUGGAUUUCCUCAACGGGAGGGAGCGGAGGUUUAAAGGGGGGCGGGGAGGGCAGCAGAGGGGCCUUGCUGCUGCUCGUCAGCCCUGAGGAGAUGGACCAAGAGUAUGAGAGACGGCUGCUGAGGCAAAUCAACCACCAGAACCUGCCGACAGAGGCCCGCCUGUCAAAGUGUGGAAGUGUUACGUGCAGUCCUGUCAGUGUUAAGUCAGGGGACCGCUUCAUUCCCACCCGCGCUGGAAGCAACUGGAGCAUCAACUUCCACUACGCCAAUGAGAACUGCUGCUCCCCAAAUCAGAACCAUAAAGCAAAGGAUGCCAGUUCAGACUCGAGCAAAGAUGCUGUGGCAUAUGCUGCCCUGUUGAGGAAUGAGUUACUGGGGGCAGGGAUAGAGACUGUGCUAGACCCUCACACAGAUGACCGGCGGCACGCAGUCCUCUCCCAAGACUCUCACAGCCUUUUUAGGUACACUGUCCACACUAAGAGAGUGCCUUUCGAUAGCGAUAACGAAGUCUCACCCUACUCCCUUUCUCCACUUAGCAACAAGAGUCACAAGCUGCUCCGCUCUCCUCGUAAACCAGCCCGUAAGAUCUCUAAGAUCCCCUUCAAAGUCCUGGAUGCGCCGGAGCUGCAGGAUGACUUCUACCUCAACCUGGUGGACUGGUCAGCAGGCAACUUGCUCAGUGUCGGUCUGGGUGCCUGCGUCUACCUGUGGAGUGCCUGCACCAGCCAGGUGACAAGAUUAUGUGACCUUUCAGUGGAUGGAGACUCGGUUACAUCCGUAUGUUGGAAUGAGAGGGGGAGUGUGGUUGCCGUGGGAACCCACAAGGGUUACGUUCAGAUCUGGGACGCAGCAGGAGGGAGGAAGCUGACCAGCCUGGAGGGUCACUCAGCACGUGUAGGCGCCCUGGCAUGGAACGGAGAGCAGCUGUCGUCGGGGAGUAGGGAUCGAGUGAUCCUGCAGCGGGACAUCAGAACCCCCCCUUCAGCUGAAAGGAGGCUGCAAGGUCACAGGCAAGAAGUGUGUGGUCUCAAAUGGUCUCCUGACCACCAGCACCUCGCGUCUGGAGGCAACGACAAUAAAUUGUUGGUGUGGAACAGCUCCAGCCUUCUCCCUGUGCAGCAGUACAGUGACCACCUGGCGGCAGUGAAGGCCAUCGCCUGGUCCCCCCACCAACACGGGCUGCUGGCGUCAGGGGGCGGCACCGCCGACCGCUGCCUGCGCUUUUGGAACACACUGACGGGUCAGGCGCUGCAGAGCACAGACACGGGCUCCCAGGUCUGCAACCUGGCAUGGUCCAAACACGCCAAUGAACUGGUGAGCACUCAUGGCUACUCUCAGAACCAGAUCCUGGUGUGGAAGUAUCCGUCACUAACACAGGUGGCUAAAUUGACAGGUCACUCCUACAGAGUGCUGUACCUGGCUGUGUCACCAGACGGAGAGGCCAUCGUUACAGGAGCUGGGGAUGAGACACUACGUUUCUGGAACGUCUUCAGUAAGACACGCUGCACCAAGGAAUCUAAGUCCGUGCUGAAUCUCUUCACAAGAAUACGAUAGUGAGCAGCCCGGGUCAGGACUGGUUUCAGGAGGAGCCUACUGAGUUGUGGUUGAAAUGCACAGACUCACCAACGACACUCACAGACUAGCACUUAAAGUCCUCUCAUCUCAGAGGAUGCGGUCCCAACUUCCAACAACUGCCAUCUCUUACAGUGACAUCACUGAUAAACACAAAAAACAAGCAGUCUAUUGUCCAGACACACUGUCUGCUUAAAAAAGUCGGUCUUGUUCUCUUUUUCUGUUGUGGGAGUGAGGAAAUUGUUUUUAUUAUAUAUUAGCAGAAGUAUACAUGUACAACAGUUAUAAGCUAUAAAAUGUAACGGCGUAGCAUUUUUUAUGUAUGUGUGUGUGUGUAUGUGUGUGUGUGCGCGCGUGCGUUCAGGGGAGGAUUUCUAUAUUUUGAUAAUGUGUGGAUAUGAUCUACAAGCAGUAUACAAGAGAAGAGAAACAAUAAAUAGGUGAACACACACACAGUUUCUCAUGCAGCUGUAAAGAAUGAACUGUUUAUUGGCGUCUUGGCAGUGGUGGUUUGGAUCCAUGGCUAGAGAUCAGUAAAAGGCCAUGUGACACUUUUCUUUUAUCCAGCGUUGGGAAGGUAUUUCAUCAAGAACGUUGCACAGAGGUCCAGUCAUCCUAACAGCCCAUCUGAUCUGUGUUUUUGCUUUGGUUCACUCCAAGUAUUACAAUAUGGUUUAUGUUGUCCGAUGCCACUUGAACAGUCCUAUUUGGCACCGUUUAUCGUUGAAACAAACACAGAUUCUUCUGAGUUUUCUUUUCUUAAUUUCUCUUGAACUUUCUUUUAAACUCAGAGUGCUACCAGCUCAGUAAUCUGAGUAUCCAGACCCCUGCAGGCCCCGACAGAGCAGAGAAAACUCCUUCACAAUUUCUUUAACACGACGUUUGUUGGUUUGCUCCCUGGAAGAAAGAAAAAAGAUGUAUGAAUUUUGUCGAAACACGUCACUUUAUUACACUGCAUUUUUGUGUCUCUUUGGAUCAAAUCUGUUAUCUAAAUGUAUGAUUUGUGUUAUUAUUUUUUCAUGCAUUUCUAUUUUCACUUUUUUUUUCACUUUACUAUUGCACAGAAAAUAUGUUUUUUGCAAAAUAUUUAAUGCAACUGCAGACUGAGAGACUUCUGCUCUCAAUAUCCCCGAUCAUGUUCCUACUGCAAUGAAGAGAAAUGUGUUUAUGUUGUGUCGACUUAUUCAUUGUGUGAGAGUAUACCGACAUACAGGCCAAUAUAAAGUGGACAAUUUACCCAAUUAACCAAACCUGCAUGUCUUUGGACUGUGGGAAGAAGCCGGAGCACACGGGGAAAACCCAUGCUAAGGGGAACAUAGAAAGACCUAAGCCGAUUGCUGGUUUCUAACCCAGAAUCCCUUUGCUGUGAGGCAACCCAAUGAACUUAUGAUUUUAUCAAGUUUGUUUGUAAUUUUU